AUACAAUUAUAAAAAUUAAAUAUAUCAAACAAAAUGAAACAAAAGAUGCAAAAUCAAUUUCAGUAUGGGCUAUUGGGCUAUAUCCUGUAGGACAUGAAGAUAAUGAAAUAGAAGUUGUUUUGUAUAUACCACACCACCCUAAUGAACGAGACCCUGAAACACAAGCUAUUUUUAGAAAAGAUGAAUAUUAUUCAGUUGGUGGGAAAAUUGUACCUAACAAUUAUGCAGGAAUCGCAACCUCAACUCACUUAAUUAUUGGUGAUAAAACUUCUAAAUCGAAUAAAUGCCCUCUAAAAGUAUCAUUAAUUGGAUCUCCAAAAGAAAAGCUAAAUACUAUUGAAAAUACUGAUGAUUCUGUAUUAGAAAUAAUUAUAGCUGACUAUAUUACUCAAGAAUAUGAAUUUAUGGAGUCAAUUAUCUUUGUAGUCGGCCAAAUGGAGAUUAUAGAUAAUAAAUCCAAACUUUUAAACAUUCACCAAAACAUUACCAAAAAUUUAAAAGAUACACCUGUAACCCAAACACCACCAGCAACAACUUCGAGUGAUAUUGAAGGUAAACUUUCAGUAAAACGCAGAAGAUCUGAAAAAACUAACCAACCUAUCAACAAUAAUUAUAAAUCUGAAACUAACAAAACUAUCUUUACUAAACCCGGUCAAGAGGAACAUGAAAAACCAACUAAAAAAAAUAAGUCUCAAAAAAAUCAUAUACACAAUCAAACAAAAACUAAAGAAUGUCCCGUUAGAUCUACAUGUAAUGCAAAAAAUCCACAAUAUUCAACUGUUGAUAUCGAAUCUGAUGAAGAAUAA